UCAUUCACUGAAAUCACACGACUGGGGCUAUUUAUUUCAUGUAACCUUAGAAAACUUCCCAUUGUACACACAUGUGUAGGCGUAGGGAAGUCACCAGGGGUUUGUGUAUAUAUAGUUCCCAAACAGCAGUUAGAUGCCAAAUCCAUCUUGUGACAUCACUAUGAGGCUGUCAUCUGCUGUCAAAGCUUUGGCAUCGGUGUAUUUGCUGCUUACAGAUGGACUGUCUGGUUCCCAUGGUGGAUCUCCAGAGAUCAUUGGGCCACGCCAUGUCCACAUGCAUGCAUGUCUAGGUAAGCCGCUCAUUCUUCACUGCGAUGCAGUAACAAAUUCUGAAGAUGGUGUCACACUUAUUUACUGGCUUGUCAAUAAUGAGUUCCCUGAGAACGUACCCUACAAUGACACACUAGUUGAACCAGAGGAAACAACUUUGGAGAAUGGUGCAAUCCUACAGAGGACUUUGCUGUUGAAGAAUGUCACAUCAGAGGACCUCAAGUCCAGUUACACCUGUGUUGUGACAAAUGCUUUUGGAAUGGCCAGGAAGCACAUGAAACUGUCAGAAGCCAGAAAUCUGAAAAAUCCAGACUGCAAAUCACGAAAAAGAAAACGCAGAUUGUAAGACUUGUUUUCUAUAUAAGUUCUAGAGUCAUGAAGUUUUUCCAUUUAAAAAUGAAAUGAAAUAACAUAUUAACUGACAAUAAAUAUUCUUCCCUGCUACCCUAACACUGUUAAUAAUGCAUUGUAGCUUAUUAAAGAAAACUGUUUACAGUACAUAGAACUCAAUGCAUUCUUUAAUGUAGAAAUCUGUCUUUUCUGGCGACAAUAUUUACCAUGUGUACUUACUAUACAUUA